AUUCCUUCACUUUCCCCAAAGCAUUCCCGCAAAGUAGAAUCUGGUCCAGACCCGCCUACCAAGUUCGAUAGUGAUGAAGAUCUAGCCCUUUGCCAAAGUCUUCUUAUGUCCUUUCCCUAUAAAAGGGAGGAAAGGGUCUUCCAAAACUACUACUCCUCCCUUGCAUCUUUCAGCAAGUAUACUUUUGUGGUGCUGGCAAUUGCUAAGCUUUUCAGACUCUGAUAUUUUCUUUGUACGAAGAAGGAUGGCCAACAAUGCUGUUGUUUCCCUUGUACUGGCGGGGGUGGUGACGCUUGCGCUCCUGAUUACUGUUCAUGCUGUACCAAAGUGGUACGAGCAGUCCGUGAGUGACAUGCUUGGAAAUAGCCGAAAAAUCGACACCGGAAUUUGGCGGGAAUGUGACGAGCUGAACGUAGCAGGACUCAGGUUUGCUACAUGCACAGCAAUCAAGAUCACGGAACCAGAGUUUCCCGCCAGCCUCCGUUCGGCUCAGACCUUCUCCCUUAUAGCCACAAUAUUAGCAGGUAUAGCCUUGAUCAGCACCUUGGUUAUUGAGUAUGACAGCACAAAGGUCAAGCUCCUGCGGCUGCCUCGCAUCUUCUUCGCUGUAUCUGGUAUCGCGAUUGCCAUUGCCGCACUCAGCUUCGUCGCCUUCAUCAGCAAGGAUACUAAUGUCCAAACGUCUCGCCCCAGCGGGGCCGCGAGCUUUAAAUCAACCUACGGUGCCAGUUACAUCAUCGCAUGGAUCACGUUGGUUCCGGCCUUCGUGGCAGCCUUGCUGGCACAUGUCCAUCAUUCCGCGAAAGCUGCUUCAGCCUAAUCGAAACUCGUUUUCUCGGGUGUCAAGAAAGGAUACUGCUGACCGGAACACUUGAUUAUUUGCUAUGGUUCGUGCUUCCGUGAUAACCGAGUAACUAUUAAACUAGUGUCCAAAGCAUCGUGUGCCCUGUUGUACUCCUGCACACACUUGUCUGUUCCCCACUCUAUCAAUCAUACACGACUUUUAAUCAAUACAACGACUUUACCCAUACACGCAAAUGUACAUACACAUGUCAUUCGAAUAGUGCACUGAGCAUUCGACUACAACCACUGUGGCAUUGAUACUCCAGCACAAUUUUCCUUUCUACUUUAGUUAACCAGUCGCAGUCCUGGCUGCCCUCCUGUAUGAAUGUCAGGGAUGCUAUCCUUGAAUUCCUUUCUCCUCCUCCCUUGAAUUAUCGCACAGUGUAAGCGUUUUUCGUCUACCCGGCGCUGUUCAAGCCCCGGACUCUCCAUAAUAUGUCUGUCAAUUUAACUCUCUUGUACACAUACAUUAAAACUCACUCCCUCCACUGCUACUUGCCUUGUUGCGAGUAUCGUUUCUCACUUUUGAAUUUCGUUUCCAUAGCCACCCGUCGCAUUAAUUUGUCCUUCAGUUUAGCGUUUCUUCCGGAUGAGCGUUGUGCGAAAGCUAGUUUGGCGUCAAUCAUUAUCCACCAUUUUUGUUUCUCCACAUACAUGUACAUGUACUUUCUUUUGUACAUGUACUCAGCCCCUUGUUUAUUGAUUGUCCAUCACAGCCUUAGUUGGCUUCCAUGAUUUGCUUGUUCCUCGAAGUAAAAUAAAGUCGUUACACAUGUCGA